CCUUAAGUGGGGGGUGCAGGCGACUGUAGCUCUUAAUGGACAAGAGGGAAUGUAACGGAUGGAAUGGGGACUUAAUGUACAAGAGGGCAUGGAGACCUCUGGCCCUGUCUUGGGGGUUGGCCCAGCUUGAGGCACCCCAACAUUCUCCAGCUUUCGAGACCGCCAGUCCUGGCAGCUGACUCAGCUCAGGUGGCUCACCCCCAGCCGGGGCAGCACCGAACCCCAGGCCUGGCUGGCCCUGUCCCCAGCGAGCCUGUGCCUCAGGUCCCUGAGCGUUCCCGGCCCUCACCAGCCCUGCCCUUUCGCGUUCCAGACGUGGAGCAGAGCAUGGGGCUGAUGCACAACGGGAUGGUGUACGCCCUCUGGGACUACAGCGCCGAGUUCGGGGACGAGCUGUCCUUCCGCGAGGGCGAGUCGGUGACCGUGCUGCGCAGGGACGGGCCGGAGGAGACGGACUGGUGGUGGGCCGCGCUGCACGGCCAGGAGGGCUACGUGCCCCGUAACUACUUCGGGCUCUUCCCCAGGGUGAAGGCUCAGAGGAGUAAGGUCUAGCGGAGCGAAGGACAUCUUCAGGGGAGACAGGAGGAAGCAGCUUUGCCGUGGCUCCUGACUCCGGAUCCAUGACCGCUGCCCCUCCCUGCACCCCAAGCCCGGCAGGGGCGGGAUCCUCGCCGCCGCCAGCUCUCUGCUUUCCUGGAAGCCCGCCCAGGAGAGGAGAAGCUCAGCCUUACGUUUAGAAACCUGCCUUAACUGUGGGAGGUCAUUGUGGGGCAAGAGAGACCCCCCCCCCAAUUGCCAAAUUAGAUUCUGUCCAAAGUGCCCUCCACUCCUACUGUCAGCCCCUCCCCAAGCCCCUCAAAGCAAGCCCACCCAUCAUCCCAGUGGGAUGGGCCACCUCCAGUGGCUUUGCCUGGGAGUCACCUCUGCCCCCGUUUCUCCCGGCAGCCUUGGGGGGGACCAGGUGAGGCACACUGGUCUCUCUACCGGGAUCUCUGCACACACUCCCCGCCCCCACCCCAACCCCGCACUCUCCAGCCGAACAAGUGCCUUCACACAGUGCUGGUUUUAUAACAAAAUGGGGACGUUCUUCUUUAUAAAUAAAGGUAGUUUGCACAGAA